GGUUCGGCUCGCGGCGACGUGAUUGGUCGGCCGGGACUCCGCCUCCAGCGCAUGUCAUUAGCAUCUCAUUAGCUGUCCGCUCGGGCUCUGGAGGAAGCCACCGCCGCCAGUCUGAGGCAGGUGCCCGACAUGGCGAGUGCUGUGCUGCCGAGCGGACCCCAGUGUGCGGCGGCGGCGGCGGCGGCGGCGGCGGCGGCGCCUCCCGGGCUCCGGCUCCGGCUUCUGCUGUUGCUCCUCUCUGCCGCGGCACUGAUCCCUACAGGCGAUGGACAGAAUUUGUUUACGAAAGACGUGACAGUGAUUGAAGGAGAAGUUGCAACCAUCAGCUGCCAAGUCAAUAAGAGUGACGACUCUGUUAUUCAACUACUGAAUCCCAACAGACAGACCAUUUAUUUCAGGGACUUCCGGCCUCUGAAGGACAGCAGGUUCCAGCUGCUGAAUUUUUCGAGCAGUGAACUGAAAGUGUCGCUGACAAAUGUCUCCAUUUCUGAUGAAGGAAGAUACUUCUGCCAGCUCUACACUGACCCCCCGCAGGAAAGUUACACCACAAUCACAGUCCUGGUCCCACCACGUAAUCUGAUGAUCGAUAUCCAGAAAGACACUGCGGUGGAAGGCGAGGAAAUUGAAGUCAACUGCACCGCCAUGGCCAGCAAACCAGCCACGACCAUACGGUGGUUCAAGGGGAACAAGGAGCUCAAAGGCAAAUCAGAGGUGGAGGAGUGGUCAGACAUGUACACUGUGACAAGUCAACUGAUGCUGAAGGUGCACAAGGAGGAUGACGGGGUUCCCGUGAUUUGUCAGGUGGAGCACCCUGCUGUCACCGGAAACUUGCAGACCCAGCGGUACCUGGAAGUACAGUAUAAGCCUCAAGUGCAUAUUCAGAUGACUUACCCUCUACAAGGCCUAACCCGGGAAGGGGACGCGCUUGAGUUAACAUGUGAAGCCAUCGGGAAGCCCCAGCCUGUGAUGGUGACUUGGGUGAGAGUCGAUGAUGAAAUGCCUCAACAUGCCGUGCUGUCGGGGCCCAACCUGUUCAUCAAUAACCUAAACAAAACAGAUAAUGGUACAUACCGCUGUGAGGCUUCCAACAUAGUGGGGAAAGCUCAUUCGGAUUAUAUGCUGUAUGUAUACGAUCCCCCCACAACUAUCCCUCCUCCCACAACAACCUCCACCACCACCACCACCACCACCACCAUCCUCACCAUCAUCACAGACACCACGGCGACGACAGAACCAGCAGUUCACGGCCUUACUCAGUUGCCCAAUUCCGCAGAAGAACUGGACAGUGAGGACCUCUCAGAUUCUCGAGCAGGUGAAGAAGGCGCGAUCAGGGCGGUGGACCACGCCGUGAUUGGCGGCGUCGUGGCCGUGGUGGUGUUUGCCAUGCUGUGUUUGCUCAUCAUUCUGGGGCGCUAUUUUGCCAGACAUAAAGGUACAUACUUCACUCAUGAAGCCAAAGGAGCCGAUGACGCAGCAGACGCAGACACAGCUAUAAUCAAUGCAGAAGGAGGACAGAACAACUCUGAAGAAAAGAAAGAGUACUUCAUCUAGAUCAGCCCUUUUGUUUCAAUGAGGUGUCCAACUGGCCCUAUUUAGAUGAUAAAGAGACAGUGAUAUUGGAACUUGCGAGAAAUUCGUGUGUUUUUUUAUGAAUGGGUGGAAAGGUGUGAGACUGGGAAGGCUUGGGAUUUGCUGUGUAAAAAAAAAAACGAAAAGAAAUGUUCUUUGAAAAGUACACUCUGCUGUUUGACACCUCUUUUUCUGAUUGUUUGGUUUUUCAAUUUUUAUUUCUUCCUACCAAGUCAAACUUGGACGCUUGGAUUUAGUUUGGAUAGAUUGCAGAAAAUUCUGUGCCUUGUUUUUCGUUUGUUGGUUGCGUUCCUUUUUUUCUUUUCCCUCCCUCCUUUGUGCGAAUUUAUUUUUCCCAACAAAUUUUUGGAUUUUUUUUUUCCCCCCAAAUCUCCCAUUUUGGAAUUUGCCUGCUGGGAUUCCUUAGAACCUUUUGACCCUCCUUAUUUUGUUAUUGUUGUUCCUUUCCUCUGUUUAUUUUUGAAGCUUUCUGUUCAAAAUUCAGUUUCAUAAAAGGAGAACCAGCACAGUUUAGAUUUCAUAGUUCAGAAUUUAGUGUAUCCAUAAUGCAUUCUUCUCUGUUGUCGUAAAGAUUUGGGUGAACAAACCAUGAGAACUCUUUGCUGCUGCCCAUGUUUCAAAUACUUUAGAGCAGUGAAGACUAGAAACUUAGACUGUGAUUCAGAAACUGUUCUGUUUGCUGUGGAACUACAUUACUGUACAGGGUUAUCUGCAAGUGAGGUGUGUCACAAUGAGAUUGAAACUGUCUUUAAUUCUGUAUCUGUAGACGGCUCAGUAUAGAUAAUACCCCACGCUGUCCAGAAAGGUUUGGGGCAGAAAGGGCUCCUCCUUUUUCAGUGCCCUAAACAGACCUGACAGGUGAGGUCUGUUCCUUUUAUAUAAGUGGAUGAAUUUGAGUUGCCACAGGAGGGGAAGUAGGGAGGGGGGAAAGACAGUUCUGCUCUGGUUAUUUCUGUUCCAAAUGAUUCCAUCCACCUUUCCCAAUCGGCCUUACUUCUCACUAAUUUGUAGGAAAAAGCAAGUCCAUGUGGUGUGCGAAUGACUGAAUGGGACAGGUUUUUGGUUUUUUUUUUUUUUUUUUUUCUUUUUCUUUUUUUCCUUUGUGCUUAGUUAGGAAGGCAGUGGGAUGUGGCCUGCAUGUACUGUAUAUUACAGAUAUUUGUCAUGCUGGGAUUUCCAACUCGAAUCCGUGUGAAACUUUCAUUCCUUACGAUUUGGCUUGACAAAGGCAGGAGGUACAAAAGAAGGGUCGGUAUUGUUCUCAGACCGGUCCGCCAUCCAUCUCAGUUCUCGAAAGGUCAGAGCAGAGGUGGAAAAGCAGCAUGAAGGGGUUUUUCAGUUACUUAAUCAAAACUCAGAUGUGAGUGUUUUUAUCUUUUUACCUUUCAUACACUAGCCUUGGCCUCUUUCCUCAGCCUUAAGAACCAUCUGCCAAAAAAUUACUGAUCCUCGCAUGAUGGCAGCCAUAGUGCAUAGCUACUAAAAUAAGUUACCUUGAACAUAUCUUAGAUGGGGAGCCUUGGGAAAAGGAAGAGGAGUCCAGUUACCAUUGACGUUUUUUAAAGAAAUGGGAUUUUCAUUGAAACGUCUAGGAAAUCUAGAAGUAGUCCUGACGGACGAAAACUAAACUCUUACCAUAUGCUUUGGUAAGGCUCCAGACUCCAGAAUACAGUCCCUAUGGAAAGAUGGCAUCAAAAAAAAAAAAAAAAAAAAAAGAUAGAUCUAUAUAUAUAUAAAUAUAUAUUAUAUAACAUUUUCAGUGAGUAAUUUUGGAUUUUGCAAGGUGCAUUUUUACUAUUGUUACAUUAUGUGGAAAACUUACGCUGAUUUAUUUAAGGGGAAAAAGUGUCAACUCUUUGUUAUUUGAAAGCGUGUUUAUUUUUCUUGUCUUUAUUUUAACCUUUGAUAGAACCAUUGCAAUAUGGGGGCCUUUUGGGAACGGACUGGUAUGUAAAAGAAAAUCCAUAUCGAGCAGCAUUUUGUUUUCCCCUCUCCUAUCCCUAGGCACUUAACCAAGACAAAAAGCCACAAUGAACAUCCCUUUUUCAAUGAAUUUUAUAAUGUGCAGCUCUAUUCCGAGCCCUUAGCACCCAUUCCGACCAUAGUAUAAUCGUAUCAAAGGGUGAGAACCAUUUAGCAUGUCGUUGAAAGGUUUUUUCCAGCUGUUCUUUUUAGGAAAAAAACAAAAACAACAACAAAAAAAAAAAGAAAAAAAAACCCUACCAUUGCUCAUCGAAUUGGCAUCUCAUUUUUGGGGACCUCCCAUCUUUCUGUUUUGACAAGUGUACAGUAGUGCAGUGCUCCGAUGUGACUCUAUGGCUUAAAAUGUCGACAUGUCUCAGGUUCAUGUGUUUUGAUUGGUGUUUUCCGUCUCAGGUAGAUUGCAAAGUGUAGGCCCCACGCAUUGGAAAAAUAAUAAUAAUAAUAAUAAUAAAACAAAGCAAAAACAGGAAAUUAUGGAUUUUAGUUGUAUAUUGGUUUAUGUAUUUUUUUCUUAAGUAUACAGUGCACUGUUUGAAAUGUAUUGUUGAGUAUUACUUUGUACAGGUUGAUCACUUUUUUUAGAGUGAAGAAAGAACAAACUUGUUUUUUGUGUUUUUUAAAGGAAUAUAAAAUAAUGAAGGAUGUAUAAUUGAUGCCAAAUAAGCUUGUUCUUUAGUCACACCGACGUCUGACUUUUCCCUUUAGGCCAGUUCUGUUUUUAAGGUGUACAUGAACGAUGUUACGGUGUAAGAAAUUCCAUAUCCAUAUGUUCCAUUCGCAUUUUGUAUUGGUUCAUGUAUACCAUUUUUACAAAAAAAAAAGAAAAAAAAAGAAGUACUAUAAAAUAUCUGUCUUCUUAAUAAAAAAAAAUUAAUGUUACAAAGUGA